UCAGUCACAUCGCCCAGUGUGGCAAGGUCUAUGUAGCCAGUGGUUCAGUUCCAGUCGGUAACCUCGACAGGACAAGUCCUUGUGUUUACUAGUGUAAGAAUACACAUUCUUAAUUUUAUUGUAUUUUCUUGACUUUUCAUUGUUUUGCAAGACUUGAUUUAAGAAGAUCGCGUAGUUUUUGGUUUUAUGUAAAAUAGUAACAAGUGACCUUUUUUAAUUUGGGCGGAAGUGUUUUCAAGUGACAAUCUUUGAUCGGACGGUGACAAGUCUGGUGUGUUAGUGCGCGAUGAAGUGAAGACAAACAGACAGACCUUCAGGCCCAGACGCGGUGCAGAAUGUGCCAAGAUUGAGGAGUCGCCCCCGCACGUCCACACCACAAUUACGUCAAUUACGUGAACGAGGAGAGUGUCGUCCCCAGCCUCGAGCCAAUGCUAUCUGCCCGAGCCCACCCCUCACCGGGACUCCAUGUUGGUGCACGGCAACCCCACAACAACCCCCGAGUACAAGGAGUGUGACCGACCAUGCGUGGGCUGUUGAUGGUCCUCUCGGUGCUCUCUUUGCCGCCGUGUCUGCUCGCCGCCCAGGGCGCCGCCCCCUCGUCAGCCAUAGAGGCCGGCUUGCUGUCCGUGCUCGGGCUAGGACGCCGCCCCCGCCCUCUGUCGCGCCGCCCCCACAUCCCUGCAGCUAUGCUGGAGCUCUACAAGAGGCAGACCGGGCAAGACCUGGACACCACGACGUUGCCGCUUCCAGGCCGUCUCACCCGCUCAGCCAACACCGUCCGCGCCUUCACGCAUACAGAGAGCGCAAUAGACUCGCGAUUCCCGCGGAACGACAGGUUUCGCCUCCAUUUCAACGUAUCCAGUGUACCUGAAGAGGAAAGGUUCACAGCGGCAGAGUUAAGGCUAUCAGCGUUGCCGGUGGAAAGACGAGAUAGCAGUACGCAUGCGCAGAGAGUGCUCGUCCACGACAUCGUCCGACAGGGCGUGAAAGGGGAGAGCAAACCUAUUCUACGGCUAGUCGACUCUAAAGUGGUGGAUUCCACAGAAUCGAUAACCUUAGACAUCCUACCAGCGAGCCGGAGAUGGAGAGAAGAGCCAGAGCACAACCACGGACUGUUGGUGGUGGUGCAGACCGUGGACUCCCAGACGUCGGCGGGGAACAGAAGUCACGUUAGGUUAAGGCGGUCGCUCGUCGAAGAGGAGAAAGACUGGUUAGAAAGACAACCCGUCCUGUUUCUGUACUCGGACGACGGUAAGCAGAAGGAGAGCAGCCUGGAGGAGAUGCUGACGAGGAGAAAGAGGGCUUCCUCGAUGUCGAUGGGAAGGAAGCACAAGAGGAAAGACGGCAGGGACAACUGCAGGAGGCAUCCUCUCUACGUGGACUUCGCGGACGUCGGGUGGAACGACUGGAUAGUCGCGCCACCGGGAUACGACGCCUACUACUGCCAAGGCGACUGCCCCUUCCCCAUGGCCGACCACCUGAACUCCACCAACCACGCCAUCGUGCAGACGCUGGUCAACUCGGUCAACCCCAGUGCGGUACCCAAAGCUUGUUGUGUUCCCACAGCUUUAUCCUCGAUAUCCAUGCUUUAUUUAGACGAGGAGAACAAAGUGGUCCUCAAGAACUAUCAGGACAUGGCCGUACUGGGCUGCGGUUGUCGUUAACCUCCGACCCGGUGUUACCAGAACUCUGGCGUAGCGUAGUCGACGUCGACGCCACCGAUCAUCGUCUCUUAUAAUCUCGUAUUGUAUAUUACUAUGUACAUUUCUUCCCCCCUGUGUAUCUAUUUCCGUUGUAAAUAAUUCAGUGUGUGUACAGUGUAACCGUUGACUUCUUCGUUGUGUUGUUUUUGUACAAAAAGAGUUGUUUAAUAUAUUUUAGAUUUAGGAGUUGUAGUGGAUGACGUGCAUUCACGAAUCUGCAGAUUUUAUGUUGUUACCUGUUCAGUACUAAUGCGGCCUUUCAAAUUGUAAGAUAACAUUCUAAUGACUGUUUUAUCACAAACAUUCUGCUUAUCAACAUCCAGAUCUUAUAUGUUUAUAUUGUAUAUUAAUGUAUGUGCCUUUAAAGUCGUGAUAUUUAUAAGUAGUCUAUAUUUUUAAAUAAUAUUGAAGUCGUUUUGUGUUAACUUAUAUUCACCGUAUAUUUCUGAACACUGGAAGUAGUCACUGUGGGCCAUUAUAAUUUUAAAAUGUUUUGAUGUAAUUAGCAAAGAGACUCAAUUUUAAACAGAAGGAAAACAUUUUAUAUUGUGAUUGAAAGUAAUUCAAAACAUUAACAUAGCAUGUUUAAUAUUUCCAUUAUUUUUAUUAAAACCUUCUAUAGAAUACUUUGUAUUUAACAAUAAAUUGUAUUUGACUGUGAAUGUAUGCUUAUAUAUAAGUCACUUAAUGCAUAAUAUAUAAAACAUAGUUUAAACUUUUAUUUUUAAAUCAAUUUUUAAGUUUAAAAUACCUUUUAUUACCAUAAACGAGAAAUGAGUGGACAUUUUAGUGUUGUCUUUAAACCCAAUAUUGGUGUAAUUACUCGCAGGUUCUAAUUGAAAAAAUAUUUAUUUCAAUAAAAUAAUGUCUAUAUUAACUUUUGAAUUUUAAACACAGUAAAAAUGUGUUGUAUUGGGGAACAAAACAAACCAAAAAGCUUUAUUUGUUGUGCCGGUAUAUUAACUUGAAAAAGAGCGGAUAUCCAUUUGUAAUAAAAUCGCCCGAAUGUAUAAAAAGCAAUCUUUACGAAUAUAAACGUCCACGAUUCCGUUCAGCUCCAGUACUUUAAAAAGUCCUCAACAUUCUUAUCCUACCAACAUUUCGAUACGAUCGGUUCCACAUAACCGAAACUCGCAGAAAGCGAUAAACCGAAUUUCGGCCACGUGGUGAUUCGAUGAAACGAAACUCGGAGUGAGUGCCAGCUGGCUAAAAGUCAGAGUUCACUCGAAACCUGAUGUGUCGGAUGAAAUGUUCAACUGCGGCUCUGUCCUUGUUAGUGUUACUUUCCCGUCAACCCAUUGCCAAGAUUGCAAAUUGCCCCCCAUUAGCCUUGAACAGGUUAUUUGCAAGGAGCGUUUCUCAGAUUCCAGCCAACAGGCCCAACACCUGGCUCGGUCUCUAUCACACAUAAACUGGUUACCUUAUGUAAGGACAACUCCCAGCCAAUAUAAACAGCUGAUACAAUUAACACGUCAAAUGGAGAGCUGCCCCUCACGUAAUUUAUAUCUCUAGAUAACAAACGCUAUUUGAGCUCCUACAAAUUAUGCUCUCUCUCCAGGUAUUACAGGCAUAUCGCAUGUUUGAAUUAUUUAACAGUCAGGUUUAAUAUAUACAUACCUUGUAACGUGACAUGCACUUACACUAGAAGUACUAGUGUACUUGCCUGUUCGACAUGAAAUGUUCACUCAUUUUAAAAACAGUUUUACUUAACGCUUUUAUUUUACAAGGCCUACAAUGACGUAAUGUGUUAAAACUGCUGAGUCAAACUGAAUUGUGUAUUUUUGUAAGAGUAUGGUAUAUUUUCAGUGUUCUUGUUAUACAUAAAUGCAUAAGUCUAUAUUUAUAUACCAGUAUAACUUAGCAUAAAUCCGAAUAGUUUUGUAUCAAUGAAAGCAGCAAGAAAAAUUUAUUUGGUAUUAGAGCACAGAAAGAUCCUUAAAUUUGGAGCCCGAAGGGGUACAAGUUUUAAAUACAUGAUGUUAUCGCAA